ACGAUUGCAACAAUCUCUUGCUGUUUGCUUACCCAAGUUACUAGUUUGACAGUCGUUACAUUUACAUAGUCUCGGUUUGUCAAGUCAGUUAGGUCUCUUUAUUCAACUUGAAAAAAACUCAUUGAUCAGCACAUAUCAAUGGCGUCGACUGAGAAAGCAGUCACGCUUUGGCUUUACAGAGCUUUUGCUUUUUUAUUCGCUCUCUCCGUAUUGUCGAACGUUGCAAAGGCCGACAACGACGUUAGGAAGAAAACCUUAACUUUCCAUCCAAGUCUACAUCAUGUCGAGAGCAAGAGCAGAGACAUUGUCCUACCAGCUGAAUCCUUGGACCAAGAUGUGUCCUUGGAUCAACAUGUCUCUGAGCUUUUCGCAGGUGACAGAGUCAAACGACAAGCCCCAACUCCUCAGUCGCAAGUCAGCAGUGUUCGGGGUGUUCUUCCACCUCUACCUGCCAACAGCACUAGUGUGUUUCCUCUGAAUGACACACACUUUAUGCUGACUGUUCAUUGGGCCGGAGAGGGUUCGGAUGUGGUGGUUUGCCUUGCACGAAAUCCGACUCAGAGCGCUGACGCCUCCUCAUCCGUCUUUGUUUCUUAUGAUUAUGGACGCACAUUUGUCCGGAAGGACCACCUGUUUGUGUUGCCCAAUGGCAAGCCUGCGUCUAUCGGUCGUUUCUUUAAUCACCCCAAAGUCAACAGUCACUACGUGUUUACUGACAUCACCAACCGCCAAAUGUUUACAACUACAGAUAGCGUCAACACGGUUCAAUCUUAUCCGCUAGAUUUUGCUCCCGAUGACAUCACUUUUGAUGAGCGGAAACCGUUUUCUAUAAUCGCCUACGAUAAAACGGAUCGCCUUCGUCGUUUGUGGUUCACCCGGAAUUUCGGAAUGGACUGGUCGAUGGUGCGUGAAUUUGUCAAGUCGUGGUUCCUCGACACCACGACGUCACCGACUACUUUGUACGUCGAGUACGAAACACCCGGAGCCGACAAUGUCGUCCUCUCUUCCGUCAGCAUGUUUACGGCCGUCAAUGACGCCAAAGUCGUCGUCACCAACGUGGAAGAUUUUGAAUUGAGGGACGAAUUUAUGUUGGCCACUCGUCGCAAUUCUGGCGGCGAUUUGGACCUUCUUGUUUCGUACAAAAGGGGGCCGUUCGUGACGGCCAGUUUUCCGUCCAAAUUGCGCCGACGUGAUUUUCACAUUGCUGACAUUUCCGAGGGCCAGCUGAUGGUCUGCGUCAAUCACGACUCGAUGUUGACCAAUCUCUACAUUUCCAACGUUCCCGACGACACGAAGGGAGUGCAAUUUUCAUUGUCGCUGGAACGGGUCCUCUACUUCUAUCCUGAAGGAGCGUUUCCUAAUUCUUGGCUGAAAGACGUCGGAGCCGAGACUUUCAUCGACAUCCACCGGGUCGGGAAACUUCGAGGAAUUUACAUUGCGUCGCAGUUCCGCGACCCGAACGCUACAGCUCUGACUAAGACGAGCGUCACACCCGACGAUCUGGUGACGAUGGUUACUUUCGACAAGGGCGGCGAAUGGAAGCUCAUCCAGCCUCCCAGGUACGACGACGAGGGCCAAUCGAUUGAUUGCCAGCGCAGCAAUGGAUGUUCGCUCCACCUCAGCCAGAGACUUUCGCAGCUCUAUCCAAUUAACAAGACGGCCCCGAUUUUGACGAGUUCUUCGGCUCCGGGAAUUAUCGUCGCCACUGGCGUCAUUGGAGCUUCUCUCAAAGGACACCCUGGCGUCUUUGUGAGCGCGGAUGCCGGAUUGACGUGGCAUCAAGUACUGAAAGGCAGCUAUUGGUACACAAUGGGUGAUCACGGUGGCGUUAUAGUCGCUGUCAAAAUGUUCCGAGCCGAUGCCGCCACUAAGGAACUGCUUUAUUCCACGGAUGAAGGAGAAACUUGGAACACGCACCAAUUUAUCGACGAACCUAUGCGUGUUUAUGGCCUCAUUACUGAACCCGGAGAGAAUACCACUAUAUUCACCAUGUUCGGAUCAAAAUCCGGAAGUCAUCAAUGGAUCAUUGUCACCGUUGAUCUCAGAGCAGCUUUCCAAUACGAAUGCAAGGAUGACGAUUACAAAUUGUGGUCGCCCAGUGGCAGUUUGUUGGGUCGUCCAUGCCUUUUGGGCCACCAAAUAAGUUACCAACGACGAAUGACCCAUUCCAACUGCUACAAUGGCAAAACUUACAUCCGUCCGACAACUGUGGCCAAUUGCGAAUGUCGUCGAGAAGAUUACGAAUGUGAUUUCGGAUUCAAAGAAGAAGAAGUGACGAAUCAGUGCGUACGAGAUCCGGAUUCGACUAUCGAUCUUUUCUCGGUACCCACCAAAUGCCCUGUAGGCGAAUUUUACAAUCGAACCAAAGGCUACCGAUUGGUACCCGGUGACACUUGCGUGGAAGGAGAUGCUGGAUCGCGUUUCGCUCCUGAUAGGGUCUCUUGCCCCGUUUCGGAAGAAGCCGACUUUAUCUUGGUAGCCCAACGGCAGAAAAUUCUCCGUAUCGAUUUGAGAAAUACCGGCCGUCUGGACGAACUGCCCCUUCCGGCCCUGCAAAAUGUUUUUGCCUUAGAAUUCGAUACCCGAGCCAAUUGCGUUUACUGGGCUGACUCGCUGCAGGACAAAAUCUGGCGUCUGUGCCUGGAUGGCAAGAGCGUUCCUCAGGUCUUGGUUGAAAAUCAGUUGGAGAGCAUUGAGGGAAUGGCCUUCGAUUGGCUUAGCAACAAUUUGUACUUUGUCGACGGAGCCAGAUCUAAAAUUGAAGUCAUACGGACGGAUAUUAACAAUACGGGUCGAAUGAGAAGAACGAUCCUCAAUGGAACUGUCCUGGACAAGCCCAGGGGUAUCACGGUGCACCCAUCGCGUGGUUACAUGUUCUACACGGACUGGUCGUCUGAGAAGGCCUGCGUUUGUCGUGCUAACUUAGAUGGAUCCUCCCAGGAGAAACUUAUCGGAUCUCCCAUUGUUCAAUGGCCAAAUGGCGUAACUAUCGACUUUUUCGCUGACCGAAUCUACUGGGUGGAUGCUAAAAGCGACUACAUUGCGUCAGCCGACUUGGAUGGCAAGAAUGUUAAAAAGAUACUGGAAGGAACAGAUCAGACCCUUCACCCGUUCGCCGUUGCCGUGUUCAAGAACGUGAUGUACUGGGACGACUGGAACGCCCAGGGAAUCUUUAUGGCUGACAAGAACCGCGGGACUGGUCUGACGACUAUUGCUAGUCGCCUUCCAGGAGUCAUGGAUCUCAAGAUCUUUUCGCAAAGUUUACGCCACGGCAGCAAUGCCUGCUCUACAAAUAGCACGACUAGUGUCUGCCCAUUCUUGUGCAUGGGUCGACCCAACAAUGGUCAUUCUUGCAUCUGCCCAGACGGUAUGCACGUUGAACUACAGUCCAACGGUAGCGAAAAGUGCCUUUGCCCUGAUGGUCAAGUCCCUCAACCUAACGGAUCCUGCUCUCGCGUAAAUCAAACUUGCCCGGAAGAUUAUUUCGAGUGUCAAACGCUGGAAAUGUGCAUCCCCAGUUUAUGGAGGUGCGAUGGCGAUAACGACUGUUACGACAAAUCGGACGAGGUCAAUUGCACUUCGCCUUCGUGCAGUACGACGCAAUUUCAGUGUGGAAAUGGACGUUGCAUCCCCCUUCAUUGGAAGUGUGAUUUCGACAACGAUUGUGAUGAUGGCAGCGACGAAACCCAUUGCGACUACAAUCCGUGUUCGUCGGAUCAAUUCCGCUGCAACAAUGGCCGAUGUAUUUCGGCCCGUUGGCGCUGCGAUUUCGAAGAUGAUUGUCGUGACGGAUCAGACGAAGAUAACUGCACCACGACUCCGGCUUCCGGCGGCAAUUCCAGCACCGCCGUCACCUGCCGACCGGGAGAGUUUUCUUGCUCAUCCAACCACUACUGUCUUCCGGCUGCCUGGAAAUGCGACGGAGAGAACGACUGUAUCGAUGGUUCUGACGAGGUCAAUUGCAGCAACAAUUCAUGUGAACCCUGGCAGUUCCAGUGCGCCAAUAAGCGAUGCAUCAUGAAAUCGUGGGUCUGCGAUCGAGAAAACGAUUGUCACGAUGGGUCGGACGAAGUCAAUUGCACAGCGACCUCCACUAUUAGUCCGCCCAGGCCGUUUGUUCCCCUCUUUCCUCAGGGUAAUUGCAGCGCCACGAUGUUUGAGUGUGGCAACAAGAAUUGCGUUCCGCUUUGGUGGAAGUGUGACGGCCAGGACGAUUGCGGUGAUGGAUCUGACGAAUUGGCGUGUCCAGGAACUAAUCAUUCCACUUCGGUGGUUACAACUACUGUCGCCCCAGACAGCCACACUUGCGGCGAGAAUCACUUCCAGUGCAACAACGGCGAUUGCAUUUGGGAAUCUUGGGUUUGCGACAAGGAAUCCGAUUGUUCGCAGGCGGAAGAUGAAGAGAACUGUCACGGAACCGAAACGGGUGGAGGAGGGACCGAGUGCACUGAAUUCCGCUGCCUUCGAUCGGGCGGAUGCAUUCCCUUCUCGGCUCUCUGCAACGGCCACCAGGAUUGCGCUGAUAACACAGACGAAGAGGGUUGCGGUCUCAUCAUGCCAGGAACCAAUUUGACUGUGGAAUGCCCUCGAGGCUCCUUCCGCUGCGACGGUUCCAUGUGCUUACCCCUGCGCCUCUAUUGCAACAACGCGACCGAUUGUUACGACGGAACUGACGAAUUGAAUUGCGCCUCGGACAAACGAGUCUACCAAGUGUCGCGCAUUUUCGUCGAUGACAAAUAUUCCAACAGCUCAACUUUGUUGAUUGAGUGGGAAAUCCCUCCGCCUCCUGCCGGGAUCCAACUUCAAUAUUUGCCUUCGUAUUCCAUUGCUGGCCGUCCGUCCGUCAAUGGAACCAACCAGUGGCUCAACACGACGUGGACCAACGCCACCGAAUUGCGCCUCUUCAAUCUGACAGCCUACACCGUUUACAACAUCACCGUCUACGCUCGUACCCUGCAAGGAGCUGUUGUCGGACCAGCUCAUCCUCCGUCGCUCUACGUCACAGCUCAGACUUCCAUGGGAGCUCCGUCUGCGCCCUGGAACAUAACCCUCCAUCAAGUCAGUCAUUCCGAAGUUCAAGUUCGCUGGAAUGCGCCCGUUAAACCCAAUGGAUUGAUCACAACCUAUCGCAUUUACGUGGAACCGACCUCUCCUCUCCUGGUGGUGGCCGUUCCCGUCAGCAAAACCGACGUUGUUGUAUCUCACAGAUACACGGCCGGAACGAAUUAUUCUUUCCAGGUGGGUGCGGAGAAUCGAUACUCUGCCGGUCCGCGAUCUGCCCGCAAGUAUUUGACGUUCGACGGCUCGGCCAUCGUUCCGUCGGUAGAGAAUUUGCGAACAUCUUCGAUCGGCAACUCUUCCGUCUUGCUGUCCUGGUCGGCCCCUAGCGGCAGCAACAGCAACAUCACUGGCUAUCAAGUGGUCGUCAAGAGCGGCAAUUUUUAUGCUCAAUAUCCAGCCAUCAACACGACGUCGACGAGCCUCAACGUGACUGGACUUUCUCCCGGCGUCCGCUACAAUUUGGAAGUUUCGGCUCGUCGCAUGCGCUUCACCGGGCCGCCGUCUUCGGUGCUGGCCAUCACCAGCGGCGAAGAGUUGCCCGGGAUAAGCGAUUUACGUGCCAGCGUUGUCAAGGGCGACAUGACGGCAGUCAAAUUAGAAUGGCAUCCGCCCAAGGACAAGCGCAAGCUCAAGUGGGAAUACGGCGUCUAUUACGGUGUCAACUUGAAGGAAAUGUACCAAAGCGGAGUAAGGAACCGGACGACGGACACGACCUUCACGGUGAGGGAAUUGGUCGCUUGCGAGUCGUACACUUUUGAUGUGGCUAUUAUCGGGCCAAUUGGUUACGGUUCCGGAUCGGAUGGAAUGGUUUCGUUGACGACGGAAUUCGAUCACCGGUCGCCGCCCAAAAACGUGGCUGUCCGCCCCGCCUUGUCCGGCUCUAAUGACAUGGCUGUCAUCAGCUGGGCACCACCUUGCGUCGUUCUCGGCAGCGAUUCGGCUGGCCUGGGUUAUCUGGUGGACAUUCGUGACGUCACGCUGGACAAGAUGUCGCACGUCACUCUGCAACCCAGCCGCAAUGCCACGGUGCAGUUGCCGUUGGAAGUCCAUCACGGCGCCCUUUACGAAAUCACUGUCCAGACGGAUGCCACUGGAUCGCGUCCGUCGGGCGUGGUGACGCUGUCAGGCCCAGCUAUUCCACCACCUCAUCAGCUCUCUAUCGGCAAGCAAGUGGGCGGUAACGUGACGUUGUACUGGCGGGACCAGGACCUCCCUCACGAGAUCGUCGCGCACAAUUACUCGUACGUCAUUUGGAUCAGCAAAGACAGCAGCUUCCAAGAUCUCAACAAGACGUUGCGCUACGAGUCGAAAGAGUCGCAAUUCCAAUUGCCGGAAGAUCACCACGGUGAAAUGUAUUAUGCGGCCGUUUCGAUUGUCGACUCUCACGGCUAUUCGUCGAUGCGCUCGGAGCCGUUGGAUAUGCUCUUCGUCUUUGGCGAGGAAAUCAAGCCGGCUCCCGGUACGUCGGAUCCAGACGCCACUGGCGGAUCGACUCACGUUUACGUCGCCGUCUCCAUCGGUGUCAUCAUCGCUGUGGCUCUGGCGGCCAGUUUGGUGAUGCUGUUGGUCCGUCAUCGUCGCCUGCAGCGCUCUUUCUCCUCGUUUGCUUCGACACACUUCAACACCAGAUCGGAAUCGACCAUCUUCUCGGAUCAGACCCUCGAAGACGAUGAUUCGCCCGUCAUUCGUGGAUUUUCUGAUGAUGAGCCACUUGUGAUCGCCUAGUUUCAAGUAACCGUCUUUAA